AUGAGGAGGCUUGUCAAGAGCCACCUCCUACUUGGCUGUUGGCAGGUGCAGCGGCAACGCGUCGUGGAUAGGCAGGCCUUCUUUGAACUCUACGGGAGAAACCCUGAUGUUGAUGAUGCAGUCGAUUCAAAAGCUAUGGGGGCUCCUCUUUCUUUUUCUAUGGGUGGUGAUACCUUGCCGGUAGAUACACCACCAAGAUGGAUUUCUGUGCUGAAUGAAUUCUCUGCCCAACUGUAUGCAAAACCGAAUGAAACCGUUCAUCCUUCAGUGGUGCGCAAGGCAUUAGAAGCCCUGGAGGCAUCGGCAUCACUGCCACAUGACAGGCGCUCACGAUGUUGCCAACAGAGAUGGGAGUCUGCGCUUUGUGUUUGGAAUCAUGCAGAUCGUAGUGAUCACUAUAGCGCUGCUCUCGUAGCAGCUGUACUAUACUACAGCGGCAAAUACGAUCGUGUGAUUCACCAGGUGGAGAAACGCUGGUUGACCGCAUCAAUACAUCCCAUUAAUUUGAAUGAUGUGUCACACGUUUUUAGAUUGAUGAGUAUUUACGUGCUUGCUGCUUCUUUUGGGGGCAGACGCGUUUCGAGGCCUAUGAUUGGGAAGAUGAAGGAGCUGACGGAGAAAGCGUGGUGUAUGAUACGGGAAGGAAAAGUGACUGAGGUUGCACGGGAGUAUAAGGUAUUCCUUUGGGCGGCGGAUUGGUACUUUAGUCACACGGAAGAUCCUUCAGAACGAAAUUGUAUCUCCUCCACAUUUACUCCUUUAACAUCGGAAAAACUGCGUCCUUACCUUUUUACCACGGAGUCUUUGAGUAUGGAUGCUGUGAAGAGGCGAUUGCCUCCCGCCAUGCUCCUGCGUACUGGGACGGAGUGUGUGACUAAGGGUGAGAAGGAAAAGUUGCUGGCUGUGUUCACGGAGUGCAAGCAAAGUGAGUUGUCCCACGAUGGAUUUCGAUUAUUUCAGCUCUCUACAAGAUUAGGGGACAUGAUCUCUUUGACGCCAAGCAUAAAUGCACGUGCUCUGUCAGAGGUGGUCAGGUUCUGUGGGACCGCCUUGAGCUUUGAUUCACUAAAGAGAAUUGGUUCAACUCAGCGUUGCCGCAGUGCUGUUCUUCAGGUGCUGAGUUGCAUGGAAGGACCAGAUGCCUAUUUUGCUGCUCGACAUGUUCUUUUUCACCAGAGUGCUGCGGCAGCAUUAGCCUUUCAAGAGGCACAUGGAGAUACUUUUUGUGGGGAUUCACAACUAGUGUGGCAAGCUGCAUUGCAAUCGAUGAAGGACUCUAUCGCACAAGGAGAUAUAAAGUGGCAUGAGUCAUUGCCGACGGUGCUGCGUUUAUUGAGUGAUGCUGGUAAGACCUCUACUUUCUUUCAGCUACUGAAGGAGGGUUAUAGUGAAGGGGAAGGUGCAUCUCUGAUGACUGCUUCAGCGUUGGGACAGGCUGCACGCCGCUCUGGACAAUGGUGGCACUCAUCUGAUGUGCUUGAUAUGAUUGUUUCAUGCGACCCUCCACGAACGCACGCUGAUGAUUUGUUUCUUGAAGAUGCCUGCUUGCAAACUUUGUAUGCCUUGAGGGACGCCAAACGUUGGAAGGAAGCCCUUGCCUUUUAUACAUCACUUGCCCCGGUGAUGCCGAAGGCAGCACAUGGAGUGCUUUGUUCUGUUGUUUGUGGUAUGCCGGUGUCAGCACCCUGGGAGGAGGCCUUGGCAGUUGCGCAGAGCUUUGGGGAUGUCCCUGAAAAGUUUUUGACGACGUUACUCUGUGCUAGAGAUCCUGCGCGGGUUAAUUCUUCAGAUCCUAAGACUGCUCAUUCUUGGCGGUACAUGCUUCAAGGCUACGCCGAGGGUGGACACUGGCGACAUGCACUGGAAUAUGUUCAGGGCCGUAAAGAGGUGGAGCUGGAUGCGUGGAUCUCGGUUCUUCGCUCAGCGCAACGCUCCCAAUUUGGUGAUUUGUCGCGUGACUUUUUUGAACGUCUUCCUCAGUCUGUUUGGGGCCAUAAGUCUUUGUUACGGCUAACCAUUCUGAUUGCGGAGGGGCAUGGCUAUUUAAAUGAGUUGCAUAAGGCUCUGGAGAAACACACAGAGAACACGAUAGUGGCUGAGUACGAUGCGUUGGUAUGCUUCUUGAUGAGAGGCUGUGCUCCCCCGGCGAUGAUGACCUUCACAGAUGAGUAUGUUAUUCACCGAUUGCUAAUGUCUCCUGCCCCUGCUGCGGAGUUGAUAUAUAUCACUGUUACUUGGACAAAUAACACUCGAGAGAUGUUUUAUCGCAGAUACAAGGGUAAUAUGAAAGCCUUUGUUGAGGGCCAUUACAAGGUUCAUGCCUCAUGUAUUCCCAAGAAGAGCCGCAGGAUUCUACAAGGUACUUUCAUGCUGAAUGUCAUUCCACCUCAUGGAACGUUGAGCAGAAACGAUACACUUGUCUCAGUUUUGAAGGAUGUGGGUGUGGUUGUGGCAUAUAAACCGACUGGGGCAGAUACACAUAGCUACGCCCGUUUGGUGGCUCAGCGGAUUCAACUGGGAUUGAUGCAUUAUUCUGCAUAUCUUUUGAACCCGUCUUCUUGCGGCCUGAUUCUUCUUUUGUCAUCUACAAUUUCUACGAAAGCUGUGCAUCUGCGAAUAACGCUGCUCGCCCGGGUGAUUCCAAUGAACUCAGUGUCGCUACCUCUUUUAUCUACCAAGUUCUACGCGGCGUACGCAAUGAGUGUGUUGUUUGGGCCGUUUUCGGAUGGUGGCGUUGUCAUCAAGGCUACGUGUCACUCUGACCCAGAUGGGCUUCUUGCGGGAUCUUUUUACCGCUUGAAGGAGAGCCUGGCGAGCGAGGGCUGGGGAAUUUCAUUGCAAGAGAAUGGUACUUGCAGAAGUGGCGACAAGGACGAGUUUGUAUGUCUCACGGAGCUUGUUCUUUCUAUUCGUCACGCGGGUUUUGAUGCGGAGCCAAUGUACUUCUCUACCUCCAUUCCUCCUUCGUGUAUGUCGCAGCUCUCACCAGAGGAGGCUCAUCUUUUUGACACACUUCAUUGA